AGAACAUAAUUUUCAGAGAAGAAGACACACCAAGGAAAUCAUAACUUUUCCGAUCUUUGCAUUAGAAGCAGGAGAGAGUCAUUUUGAUCUCCAAAGGUUUAGGUUCAACACCCAGAAAAGAGUUUUCUUGCAGAAUAAAGAAUCCCUACAGCCAUGACUUCCCACGCGUGGAACUUCAUGACCAGCUUCUUAACCUACGAGACCAACAAGUCUGUGGUGGUGAAGAGCUGGUCUGUGGGGAUCAUUAACCGGCUGGUGCAACUUCUCAUCAUCUCAUAUUUUGUCGGCUAUGUCUUCCUGUAUGAAAGAGCUUACCAGGUGGCCGAUACAGCCAUCGAGUCAUCCGUCAUCACUAAAGUCAAGGGCUUUGGCAAAAUUAAUAGCAAAAUAAUGGAUGUGGCAGACUACAUCCACCCUCCUCAGGGUGAAGGUGUGUUUAGCAUCAUCACUAAUAUAAUAACCACUGACAACCAGGUACAAGGAACAUGUCCAGAGAAAGACACAAAGUUUAACUGUAGCACAGACGAAGACUGUGAGAAACAUCUUGACUCCAAUCAAGCCAACGGUAGAAUAACAGGUGUAUGCAACACACCUGUUGGUUACUGUGAGAUUGAAGGAUGGUGUCCAGCAGAGGAUGACAAAAAGAACACGACGACAAUGGCUGAAUUUGUGAAUUUCACUAUUUUUAUCAAAAACAGCAUUCGCUUCCCCCUCUUCAAUGUCUCCAGAGGAAAUAUUCAAGGAGAUAAUUUCAAGUGCCGCUAUGACAAGCUCACAGAUUCUUUCUGUCCCAUCUUUCGAGUGGGCUAUAUUCUGAAUGAACUACAGCAGGAUGUGGAGAAGCUUGCAUCAGAGGGUGGUGAAAUAGGAAUAAAAGUCGAGUGGAUUUGUAACCUGGACGAAGCUCUCGACUCCUGUGUUCCGCGGUAUUCGUUUACUAAAUUGAACUCUCCUUUCGAGAAAAACAAAGUCUCAAAAGGGUAUAACUUCAGAUUUGCCAAAUACUACAAAGCAUUGGAUGGAACAGAUUUUAGGACUCUUCACAAAGCAUUUGCAGUUCGUUUUGAAGUCAUGGUGACUGGCACAGCAAGAAAAUUCAGCUUAAUUCCAACAGUGAUAAAUGUGAUGGCGGCUUUAACCUCGAUUGGGAUGGGUACUGUUCUCUGUGAUCUGGUUUUACUGAACUGUAUCAAAGGAGCUGCGCAGUAUAAAGAAAAGAAGUUUGAGGAGGUGUCAGAAGCUAUGAUUCGUGCAGCCCUCACCCCAAGCCCAGGAAGUCAGCUGUCGGUCAAAUGAGGAAAUACCUGCUCCUCUGAUUCUCUGCCACUCUGCAAUUUGAGAGAAACUGGAAAAAUCUCAUGACUUUUCUGUCUCUUUACUGUAAAAUAAUUCAUACUAUUUCCUCCAGCGCUCAAGAUCAUGUUGGUUUGUGGAUAUUUAAUAAUGUGAGUAAAGUUGAUCAUAAGAAGAUAAGGAAGGAAGAAUAUGACCCAUAAGUAGUUCACAGUAGUUUGUAGAAGACUGGAGUUGGGUUUACCCAAAGUAGAACAAAGGUCUCCCUUUGCUAAAAAUCGAUGAUCUUUUCCACAAUUUGUCUCCUUAGCACCAAAACCUUAAAUGUGAUCUAUUGGAAAUGUUUGACAAAGGCCAACAUAAUGUAGUCUUUAUUUUAAAAGGUUUGGUGCAAGCUUUUCAGUGACCGGAGUCAACGCCAUGCUUUCACUGCAAUAACAACUUCAAAGAAUAAUUUGACCAGCUUUUUUACAACAAAGGACUAAAAUUUGUACUCAUUCUUCUUUGCAAGGUACCCAAAGCUUUGUCAGGCUGGAUAGGAAGAGUUUGUUGAAACAUCAGUCUCUAAUCCUUGCAUCAGGGCCUUGAUUUGGCUAUUUUAACACAUGACUAUGCUUUUAUGUCUAUAUUCUCUGCCCACUAAAUGCCUUGAGAUAAACUGAAAACAUGGCUGCUGAUGGUCUUCAGUCAGUAAUGUCUUUCUUUUACAUUUUUCUUAUCAAUAGGUUUUACAUUUUAAAUCAUUUUCCCUCCUGCUGCACAAUUAUGAUCUUGUUUAUGCUACUGUUAGAGAUAGAAUCCCAAUAAAUCUGCUAAAGUUUGAGGUUCUAACUAGACUAAUGAAAGGCACUCCAUGGAGUAUUACAGUUUAAAACAUCCUUUAUUUUAUUAGGACAUUUGAAUGAUUUCAUUAUUAUGUGCUUUGGAUGUUUUCAAGCACUUAAUGAGCAAAUAAGUUCAGUGAAUGUAGACGUGCUAUUGUAAUUGAUCAAUCUAAAUUAUUUUAGUUACAGUGAUGUUACUUCAUUUAAUUUGUUUGUUUUAGGAUUAUUUAUGGUUAUCAGUUUGAUUUCUUUCUUAGGAUUAUUUAGAAUGGAUAAAUUACCUGUUUGUAAAUCAGUUAAAAGCCUGUGUUAAAAACAUUUUAAUAAAAAAUGAAAUGGAAUUUAUACAAGUUAAAAAAUUUUUGUAGAAUAGAAGAAAAUGUUUCAUCUCAAGUAAAGAUUUUGCUUCUCUUGCUGCCCACAAAUACUAGUGUCCAUCCAUGUUUGUAGGAGGGGGGGGAGGAACAAUGGAGUGUGAGUCAUAAUUGCUGCACUUCAGGGUGAAUAUGAGAUGUUUUUCUGUGUCCGCUAAUGGACAGAUGCUUAACCCUUUGUCAGAGGAAAUUCUAGAGAAAAAGACACGAGUCAUUUUCUUUUGUUCAUUUCUCAGCUCUCCCCCAAAAUCUUUUCUUUCAACACAAAGUAUGCCGUUUCCAUUUGCUCGGGUCUCUCUAUGCAUUGGGUCUCCUCCCUUUCUGCCAAAUCGCUAUACCAUAAACUCAGCAGACACAGAAAAACUUUCUGUCAGUCUAUUGUCUAUUAAAUUUACCUUGGAGAGAGCCUACAGACAAGUUAAUAUUAUUAUAACCAAUUUAAUGCAUGCAUUAGGAUACUAAUUAGACUAAUUAGUGCUCUGUCUCUCUGAAUGAUGAUGAUAAACGUUAAACUAAAUUAAGUGUCUGAUCUUAUCUCUGACUAAUACAUAGUCUGAUGAUUACAACACUAUAAAAAGAAAUAGUGCCGAACUAAUUCUGUUUAGCGCCUCUAAAUAAAUAGCCCAUACAUAUUUGAUUAGGAGGUGUAUAAUCAUAUGUUAUAAGUCCAUGACUUGACAGCUUAAAAAAUGCUUUGUGAUAAGUAAACAUGUGAUAAGAGAAUAUGCUAUAUUGUGGCAAAGGGUUAUGUGUCCAUUCUUGUUCAGGUGGGACAAAUAGGGUAUAUGGAACAGCAAACAUGGGUCUUGAUGGCCAAGUAUUGUCACUAUUCAUUAGUAUUUAUUUGAUUGAUUUAAUCUAUGGUUUAAUCUACUCAGGGUACAUCUUUGGUCAUUUAUGUGAAAGU